GAGAACAUAUAAUAUGAUCAUAGCAUUUUUAAACUCUACAGAAACUCUAUGGAUUCCAGUUUUCUCUUUAAACGACAGAGUUUACGAGUCCCCAAUUUACCCUUUUUUCGCAGCAAUCCAAAUUCUCAUUUACUGCUCCACGGCAUAUAUUAUUGUAAGAACUUGCAAAAUCAUCACAAAAAUUCGACUUUUCCACGAGAACAAGAACAUUUUAAUGGCGUUCUUUUUGUGCCAAUGGUUUGAGGCGAUUCUCGCCAAAAUUCUUAUACUUCCCUAUCAAAUUGGCUUAAUUCAAAUCGGAAAUUCACCCGGAAAAUCAUAUUUUUCCUGGUGGAGCAGCGGACGAAAUGAUAUGGUUUUGGUGGAGAGCACUGAUGAUAUAAGGGUAUUGUACAUAGCAUGCUAUGUUUACAGACAUUAUAUGUUUUCCAUGUUUUUUGGAAUUAUGGCUAUUGGUGUGGAAAGAGCAUGUGCGACGUUUUAUAUUCACGACUACGAGCACGUACGCCGUCGCCAUAUCCCAGUAAUCCUUAUCAUACUAGUUAAUAUUAUUACAAUUCCAUAUGUCUAUUUUGUGAUCCAUAACCGGAUACCAUUCCUCGUAGUUUAUGGUCAAUGGGCGGUUUGCAUUGUGUUAUCCACGUCAGCCUACGCUACAAUUCUUCGAAUCAAUUUCGUGUUCCGAAAUCAGAUGCGGAAGAAUAUAACCGACCAUGAAAAAUAUUCAUUGGCGAGAAAGUUUCAAGUUGAGGAGAAUAUUCGAAGCUUGAAGCUCGCCAAGUACACAGUUCUCGUGGGCUCCGUGCACAUUUCCCUAACUCUCCUCGUGUUCACCUGCCUCAUGCUCGGAUUCUUCGAAAGACUUCAAGUGUUCUUCGUUCACAUACUAGAGAAUCUCAUCUUAUUACCAGCCUUAGUAAUGGCAGUUGCUCUUUUAUGUUGCUCGGUGGCUUGGCGACACGAGUUCAUGCAAAAGUUGCCGGUAUUGGGGAAACAUAUUAGUGGGACAUCGAGAAUUGGGAUUUCGGAGUCUAGGAGAUCAGUUGUUUUGGAAUCUGAAGUGUAUUUCCAGCAAUUGAGAAGCUCGUGGAACUGAAAUUUGUUGUCAUAGCUGA